UGGCAGUGGGGAAAAUGGCAACUAAAAACACUGACGGCAUUGGAAUCUAUAAUGUUAAUAUUUAUCAUAGCUGAGGCCGAUUAGCUCAAGCAUGAUCUUAAAUAUACACAAACAUAUUAAGUGACAGAUCUGCUUUUCAGACAAUCCUGUCUUUUCUCAAAAUCUAACCCAAUUAGUUUUCAAAGUCUGUUUCCAAACUGUUUACAGAACCCUCAUUAAAUACAAGCUUCCUCGCGAUAACAAGGCUCAAACUAAGACAUCAGUGACCAAGAUAAGAAUAGCCGUGCUACUAUUUUGGUUUCCAGUGUGUCUGACGCUUAGCGCAGAGCAUGGGAGUCAACCUGAGGUUCACUUGACGAACCCCAAUUUCAAAAACUCCUCCACAAGGCUUGGAUGAGAAAGUCGCCUAACUUUCUUAGCAACUACAAGAAAAUGCAAGGAUUAAGAUAUCUGAUGCUUCUGGUGUGCAUCAAUUUCGCUGCCUCAGUUGGGAUGUGUGAAGGGAAAUCUUUAGGUGAAAUCCCCUAUCCGGAAGAUGCAGCGUUCAUCCAAAACGAACAGCAAAACAUCGAGGAAGAAGACAACAACAAUGACAAGCUGGAAAGCUUUUUGGGGUACAUGAAAGAAGAUUUUUUGAAGAAGCUGAAUUUAUCAGGUGUGCCGCAGGAGCACAGGAAGGUUCAGCCUCCCCAGUUCAUGAUGGAACUUUAUGACAAAUAUGCUUCUGAUAAGACGUCCAUACCUCGCUCUGAUGUCAUUCGAAGCUUUGUCGUACAGGAUGUGACUUACUCUGUUAGACACGGCAACAAAACCCAACACAGGCUGCUUUUCAACAUUUCCAUCCCAAGUCGUGAAGAAAUGACAUUGGUGCAGCUCAGGCUAUUCACUCUCUGGGAUGGUGAUAAACCAACGAGCCAAGUCAACAAUGACUUUUACACUUCUGUUAAUGUUUACUUUGUAGAAUAUGGACACGUACACUUUCUGGAAGGGAGACGUGUAACUGAUGCCACGAACACAUGGGAAGCAUUCGAUGUGACUAGGGCCGCCAGGAGCUGGCAAGAAUCUGGACACGGUGCUGGUGAACUCCAGGUGGAGAUAGAACAAGACCGCGAUUCUCUUAAGGAUGGAUGGCUUGACAUAAACCUGGGUUUAGAGGAUAACGCCUCUGCUGUUUUAAUUGUUUUUUCAGAUGACCUUGGGAACAGAAAGGGAGAGUCCGUGAGAGAGGUAAUGGAGAUGAUCAUUCACGAAAGGGAGGUGGAAUUUUUGAGCAACCGUGUUCAGGUGGACCAGCAUCCCAGGAGAAAAAGAAAGGCGAAGAACAAUUACUGCCGGAGGACGUCGCUGAAGGUCAUUUUCAAAGACAUCGGAUGGGAUAAAUGGAUUGUUGCCCCACCCGAAUACGAGGCUUAUGAGUGCAAAGGGGUGUGCAAUUUCCCCCUGACGGAUGAGUUAACCCCUUCCAAACACGCCAUCAUCCAAACUCUGGUUAAUCUGAGCAAUCCGAAAAAGGCAAACAUGGCAUGCUGUGUCCCGACCAAGCUGGACCCGAUUACUGUUAUGUACCAAGAAAGGGGUGUGAUCACAGUGCGACACCUUUAUGAGGAGAUGAAAGUGGCGGAGUGUGGAUGUAGGUAGUGUAUGUUUGCUUAAAGAUCUGUAUCAAAUAUAUUUGUUUUAUUAUAUUUGUCCAAGUCAUAGAAUUAAUAUAAAAAACAAUAACUAAAUAACAAUAAUUAAUUGUUUGUAUUGUAUUUAUGCUGACUUUCAUUUUGGAUAUAUAUUUAGGAUUUCACAACAACUGUAGAUUGGGUCGAAAUAUUGGGGUCUUGUAUGGGGUCAGGUGUGUUUUCCUAUGCUCUGGAAGAUUUUUGUUGUAAAUUUAUGCAAACGCAGAUGCCACUGCAUUGUUAAGCACAUGGUUCUCGUGUACAUGCUUGCAGUCCUAUGGUGGUAGCAAACAUUUUUACCAAUAUCAUUUUAUUUAGAUGAAUAUUAUUUAUAUUCUGUAUUGUAUUAACAGACUCGUUGUUACCUCCCCCACAAAAUAAGAUUUGUAUAUAAUAAUUUGCCUUCAUUUAUGUAGGCUAUUUUAGCAUAACGCUGCUGUCCUUCUAUAUAAC